AUGGURCUCACCCGAUUUAUUGCGGCAGCCGUAUUACUCCAUGUUGGCGCAGGACUUGGAGCAGUCCCUGGAAGACACCGACCCGACUCUGCCCUCUCAGCCCAACAUGCCACCCAGGCGCUCGUCGCGGAAGUCGCUAGCACUAGUGCUACGGCUACGACUACCGCGCCUGCCUUGGUUGAAACAGACCAGCCAACCCGCACGACUUCGCAAGACAAGCACUCGAGCAAGAAGAGCAAAAGAGGAAUUCUCACUCCCAGACAGCAGAUGCACGAAGUCGAAUUUCUACGGAAGUACCAUAACAACGACGAUUAUGCCAAAUGGUCAAGCGAACCCGAUCACGGCAGAGGACCGGCAUGGACCAAAGUCUUUCGAAUGACACUGUAUCAACAUCCUAACAAGACUCUUUUGGAUCGUGGAAUCGGCCUGGGAAAGGCGUGGUCAGCGGAUGACAAUGGCUUCAUCAGCGAUCGAAGCCAUGAUCUUAUGAAAUUGACCAACAGGGAGAAGCAGAAACUCGGCCUCUUGCCAAAGCUUAACAGGAGACUCCCCCCUCGAAUGAACCAUGCAGAAGACCCCACGGUGACAGUGGAACCUCUCCCCGAGGAAACAGCAAAACCGAUUGCACUGCCAUGGUCCAUGGUAUUGGAAAAGGUCAAAUCGAAGCAAAAGCCCAAGACUGCCACCACUUCCGCGCCCUCCUCGAUUGUUACCGUUGACGGGGUCAAAUUAUCCGUUCUCUCGGGGGCACAAUCCGCAACUCCGCCAAAUCAAGAUCGUUCGCUCGUCACCGUAGACGGAAAGACACUCGCCAUUGUCACUACAGACGCGCCCAAAGCUUCGUCCACGACCUCGGCAAAAGCUACAUCGGGUCACUCAGCGCGAGAUGCAUUACCCUUCAUCGUAGCACAAUCCUUAUGGGUUGCGAACUCAUCUCUCUCUGCAGUGUCGAAAAGAGGCGCGGUCUUACCACAGCUCGCCACGMUGGUGGAAGAGUUCUCAAGUAAUGCCGUCGGAAAAGUCAUCAUCAAAGCAGUAUCGUUGUCUGUCCGAGCCGGAGAUUUCACCAUCCAGGAAUCCAUACCUGUGGUCAAACUGUUUUCAGCGAUGUUUCGUGGUGUUCCAAUAGAUGUAGGGGAUGCAGCUGAGGUGUACGGUGAUUGGCUGGUAGAUCAGCUACCAUUGUAUCAGGAAGCAAUGGAAGUAGAAGGAAAGACCAUGAUGGAGAUAUUGGAGGGAACGCUCGAGGAGAUGGGUGACGAGGAGGUGGUAGCCGCCAUCGCCGAAGCCGGAGAAGCCGCCGAAGCUGCCGCCGCCGAAGCCGCCGCCGCCGAAGCCGCCGCCGCCGCCGCCGCGAACGCAGCUCCUCUUGUCCCCAUCGAAGGCUCUGCGUUCAUCGUCGACGCAGUUGCAGAAGCGGCAUUAGAGGCCGCAGGAGAAGGUAUUGGAGCUACUAUUGGUGGCGAGGCCAUCGGAGAAGGGAUUGCCAUUGGUGUGGGCGAGGCAGCCGCUGAGGGACUGGGCCUUGCUGUGGGCGAAGCUGCUGCAGGAGCAGUUGUGGGCGAAAUUGCCGCAGGAGCAGCUGUUGAUGCUGCAGUUGCGGCGACAGAGGCGACAAUCUUUGCAGGAGAAGCCGCCGCUCUCGCUCCGUUGCAAGUCGUUCCUGUUAUAGGCCAAGUGCUUGCUGGUGUUGUUUUGUUCGCGACGGUUCUCACCGAACUCCUGAUCCACCUCCUCCACCACAAGCCUCAGCACCCAGCUAAUCCCGGCGGCAAACUCCAUUUCGCUUGGGACUGGAAUGGCAUCCCAUACCAGUACGAUGACCUGCACCCAAAACUAGAGCAAGGAGAACCUCCAGAAACCACUCCGCCCCCCACAGGCUGUGAUACAUUCGACAUGGACGACCUUGAACGAAGGGGCUGGACAACUACACAGUAUGCCUUGGCGCCUUGCAGCACAUGGUUGGCGAAAGAAUGUUCUCGAGAGUGGUACGAAGCAUGGAGGCCAAAUCUCGGGAGACAUGAUCGUCGGAACCCCGUCUACUGCUUUGAGACCGUUGAUUUCAAGACCAAAGAAAAACACGCUGAUGAAUACACUAGCGCAUAUGAAGAAUGGAAAAAAGUCGCUGAUUCUGGUCAAUCUUUUAGCCAAUACGCUGGCCAUGAGCUCGCUCAGCUGGAGCAGUGCCUGGGGCCUACUAACAAUGACAAAGAGUCGAUGGUCGAUAAGAAGCGUUGCCGCAAGAAGUUUCUCCCCACGAUGAAACAUCACAACAUCGAGAACGCGGAUUGCGGUUCGAAGGAAGAAUGCGCAAAGCAGACUGCGAAAUGGAUCUAUCGAACGACAGGGUGGCCAAAGGGAUGCAAGCAUAAUGAGGCCUCAUGUUGGGAGUGA